GGUGAACGCCCUUUUUGGGGAGAGGCAGAGAGCAACAGCCUGCAGGUUGUAGGCAGGGGAAUUGUCAGACCGGUGGUAGCUUCUACCAUAGGAAGAAUUUCCAACAUAAAAUAGAUGAUGAGUUUGGGACAAUAGAUUCUGCACCCAGAGGUUGUGUCAUUUGGUUACUUUUAAAAUUAAAAUUCUCUGGUGUUUUCCGUUCGCGAUGGUAAUUUGAAGUUGUGUUCUGAGAUAAUACAAUCAGCAUUGCUCUGAUUUAGAAAGUUGUCUAAGAUCCUCCCAGACCCAGAUGGUCUGGGUCCUCAAGGCCGCUGUGCUCUGCGCCAUUCUCCUGAAGCUGGACGCCUGCUUGUCCUGGACUCCGACCCCUUUAGGCUCACACUCCCUGCGGUAUUGCUCCACUGCCACCUCGUGGCCCAGCCCCCGGGAGCCACGGAUCAUAGUCGUUGGCAACGUAGAUGAUACAGAGUGCGUGCGAUUGGAUUCUGACGACCCAAAGACUCAUAGGGUGGAUCUCUGCGCGCUGGAGCAGGCAGGGCGGGAAUACUGGGAGCAGCAGAUUUAUAUAGUCAGGAAUCAAGCACAGCUGUCUGAAAGGAAAAUGAUGACCCUGGUUCGACUUUACAAGAGCAUGAAUGACUCUCACACUCUACAGUGGCUGCAAGGCUGCGAUGUCGGGUCAGAUGGGCGCCUGCUUCGCUGGUACGACCAGUUCGCCUAUGAUGGCGUGGAUCGCCCCACCCUGAACCAAGACCUGAGUUCCUGGACAGCGGGGACCAGCACUGUAGCUCAGAUCUCUCAGCACCAGUCAGAAUCCUACCUGAAGGGCCACUGCUCAGAGCUGCUGCAGAAAUCCCUGGAAAAAGGGAAGGAGAGGCUGCUGCGUCCAGACCCUCCUAAGGCACAUGUGACCUGUCACCCUGGACCUAAAAGUUAUGUCACCCUGAGGUGCUGGGCCCUGGGCUUCUACCCUGCUGACAUCACCCUGACCUGGAAGUUAGAUGGGGAGGACCUGACCCAGGACAUGGAGUUUGUGGAGACCAGGCCUGCAGGGGAUGGAACCUUCCAGAAGUGGGCAGCUGUGGUGGUGCCUCUUGGGAAGGAGCAGAAAUACACAUGCCAUGUGCAGCAUGAGGGGCUGUCUGAGCCCCUCACCCGGAGAUGGGAGCCUGCAUGGUACAAGGACCCUACCUUUUGGAUUGUUGCCUCGAUUAUUAUUUUGGUCAUAGUUUGUGUCUUCCUCUCGGUGUUCUGCAUAUGCAAGAAGAAGAAUGCAGGUAGGAGAGAAAGGCGUGACACCCAGGAAGCAGACAGAGACCGUCCCCAAGACUCUAGAACUGUUGUGGAUGAUGAGGAAAUGGAGGCUUUCUGUAGGACUGAGAACGAGGAGAGUCAUUCAGGCGACUUGCUUGGAACACACACGCAGCUGUGCCUCCUCACCCACUGCCCGUGCGGAUUCACCUGCAACAUCUUCUGAAGAAUGUAAUCUUUCCUUUUGUAUCCCAUUAGCAAAUCUUCAUUUUGAGCUUGACCAGAUUUAGAAUCACCUGGGAGAUGCCCCUUUGGGUGGCUGUGAGGGCAGCAGGCCAGUUCUUGCCACCCUGGACAGAAAGAGGUCCCACCUUCCUGUCUUGAAGAUCUAACCACCUGUCUCUUCCCUAUGCGACCUCUAGUCAGGCAUUUUGUCAGGGUGUCAGGAGCCCAGGGAGACGAAGUUCCCUCCUCUCACCCACAGAACUCUGGGUACUACCCCCAGUGUUUCAAGGACAUUUAAUCAGGUCAAAUUGGGAUCAAUGGCUUUGAUGCAGAAAAGAACUGUGAACUAGUAGAGAUGGAGUUUAAUAAAAAAAUAUAUAUUUUUUUAAAUUUUAA